AUGGCUUUUGCAGAGCACUCACCGCUGACCCCUCACCGCCGGGACCUCUGUAGCCGCUCUAUCUGGCUAGCAAGGAAGAUUCGUUCAGACCUGACUGCUCUUUUGGAAUCUUAUAUGAAGCAUCAGGGCCUGAACGAGAACAUAAACCUGGACUCUGUGGAUGGCGUGCCAGUGGCAAGCACUGAUCGGUGGAGUGAGCUGACUGAGGCAGAGCGACUCCAAGAGAACCUCCAAGCUUAUCGUGCCUUCCAUGCUAUGUUGGCCAGGCUUUUAGAAGACCAGCAGGUACAUUUUACUCCAGCUGAAGGGGAUUUCCAUCAAGCAAUACAUACCAUCCUGCUCCAAGUUGCUGCCUUUGCUUACCAGCUGGAGGAAUUAAUGAUGCUCUUGGAACACAAGAUUCCCCCCAACGAGGCUGAUGGGAUGCCCAUGAUUGGUGGAGAUGGUGGUCUCUUCGAGAAGAAGCUGUGGGGCCUAAAGGUGUUGCGAGAGCUUUCACAGUGGACAGUGAGAUCUAUCCAUGACCUUCGAGUCAUUUCUUCUCAUCAGACUGGGAUUCCAACACAUGGCAGCCAUUAUAUUGCUAAUGACAAGAAAAUAUAGUAAUUAUCCCCUC